CUUUCUGCAAGCGCGGGAAAAGUAUGUACAGGAGGCACCCCUCAAGCUGGAUCAUUCUCCUGAUUAUAUUUUCUUGGUGGUGAAAUACGAAACAUUGGUCUCGUCUUUUCGUGUUAUGUGGAUGAAAUUGAUGACUCAUCUUCUUGGAAGUCCAGUUCCUUAUCAGUUUGAAGCAAAUUUGAAUAUUUCUGCCCUCAUUAUUUAGUUGAUGUGAAAGAUGAGUGGUGAACACAACCUCUCCGAUUCUGAUGAAAGUUGCAGCUUUGGCUACACUUUACCAGCACGAGGAAGCUUAGUUUGUCUUCGGAAUCGUACAGCACAGCGUUCCUUGUCACUGGACACUUGUCAUAUUGGUCGAAUCGUGAAAUAUUCUGAAAUUGAUAGCAAACCCUAUUGCAUAGUGGAAUUAUAUCUGAGACCAGAAACAUUACCUUGUAACACUGAUAAGCAAGGUUACAAGCUCAAGAAGUUGAAAGAAGUUGUGGCAGAUUGCCAUCAAAACCUUGGCCAGUUUCCAGCUCUAGACAUAAUCUGUCGGUGUAUGAUAAUAGGUGAAGAUUCAUUGCACGGUAUAGACACUGACCUCAAUCGAGACGAUCCCACUUUUUUACUUAGAUUUAAAUUAGAAGAAACAGAGCCUAAGAAAUUCAUUAUUAAACCUCUUGAUUCCUCUCUGGAUAAGAUGGUUUCAGGAAAGUCUGAAAUUUUGUCAGAAAAGGGACUGAACUCUGAAGAGGAAAGGUACUUGUCUUGUGGUCCUAGAGGAUUAAAAAGCCCUAGACAAGUUGUGGAAAACCCUGCUAUUUCUCGUGAAGAUGUAAAAGAGAACCUCGAGUCAAAUGUUUCUUCUCGCAAAGCAAGGUCCCCUUCUUUCAACGAAAGACCAUCAAAGUCUUCUGUCCGUCGGAGCCUUGUGUCGGAUUUGGAUUGCACCCCUGCAAAACAGUCACGUGUUUAUGAUGAUAAAAUAGUCUCUGCUUGUGAGGUUAAAUUGGAAAAAAUUGAUUCGGAAUCUGAUGCAGACAGCAUAUGGAAGGACUCCUGGGUUUCCCAAUUGAUGGAUUCAAACAUACCAAUUGUUGAUAAUGGGCGAUGUCCAACACCUAUCAGGCUGAGCUUGAAACGAAUACGGUCUGAUAUCACUCCCAGCAAGCUUGGAGAUAAUUCUCGAUUAAGAAGGAAAUCCACAAGAAAUGACAAUAAUGAUGUAUCUGAGUCAGAUGAUGAUUACUCACAGCAAUCUGUAAAUAGAGCCAGUACUUCAGCAGCUGUAACAUCUUCCCGAAGGUCUGCACGAAAAACAAAAUGUGCCAUCUCUCUGGCAGAGUCCACAACAGAUUCAGACCCUGAAGAUGAUGCAGCUGCCAAAACACGUAGUGGUAGGAAGAUUGUAAAUAAGACAUGUGGAGAGAGCUCAAAUUCUCGAACACCAAAGGGAAAAGCAGCAGAACCUACUGGGAGACGGUCUACCAGACGUCAGUCAACUUGGGAAGCUGAGCAGCCCAAGACUCCUAGUUGUAACAAAUCUACAGAGCUUCAGACAACCGCUGAAGUAGAACCAAAAGGAGAAGUGAUUGAUCUAUUAUCUCCAUUAGAGAGCGGAACUCCUCUAUCUAAAAGAAAGCCAAGAAAAACUCCCCAGCCACAAGAAAACACUACAGAGGAGCCCAAAACCCCUAGAUCAAGAAAUGCUGGGAUUCAGACUGCUUCAGGAAUGAAAUCAAGCUCUGUAGGAGAAGUGGUUGAUGUGCCAACUUCAAUACAGAGUACAACUCCUUUACCCAAAAGAAAGCGAGGAAAAAGUGUUAAACAACAAGAUGACACUGAUGAAUCCAAUAUGUCUUCUGUUGAGAGCAAAACUCCUAUUAAAAUCCUCAAAGUCGAUGAAGGACAGAGAACCCCCAGAACCUCAUCUAAAACAUCUUCCAAGUCCCCAAGAACCCCAAAGGCAAAGACUCCUUUGAAAACUCCGUCAAGGUCUGCUUUAACUCCAUCAAUGCCUGCCCGAGUAACCGCUCGUUUUACUCCAACGUCAAGUCUUGAACAAAUCCGUAAAAAUCUUCAUGUCUCUGCAGUGCCUAUGUCUCUUCCUUGCCGAGAAUCAGAGUAUAGGAAUAUUUACAACUUCCUUGAAAACAAAAUAAGAGAUUCAGCUGGAGGGUGCAUGUAUAUCAGUGGUGUUCCUGGCACUGGAAAGACUGCCACAGUAACUGCUGUUGUUCGUUCUUUGAAGAAAUUGGCUGAUUCUAAGAAGUUAAAAGAUUUUCAGUACAUUGAGACUAAUGGUCUCCGCAUGACUGAGCCGCGACAAGUGUUUGUGCAAGUUCUCAAAGCCUUGACUGGUCAAAAAUGCACUCCUCAGCAGGCUCAAGACAUUUUGGCUGAAAGGUUCUGCUCAGGAUCAGCAAAGAACAAAACUGUUGUUCUUUUAGUUGAUGAAGUGGAUAUGCUUCGAAACCGUCGUCAAGAUGUGAUCUAUAAUUUGUUUGACUGGCCCAGCAAACCAAAUUCUCGUUUUAUUGUACUGACAAUUGCUAAUACCAUGGAUCUUCCAGAAAGACUUUUAAAGGGUCGUGUUACUAGCAGACUUGGACUCACACGUCUUACUUUCCAACCAUAUUCUUACAAACAACUGCAAGAAAUUGUCUUGUCUCGUCUGCAGGGAUCAAAUUCUUUCAAUGAUGAUGCUGUUGAACUAGUUGCCAGGAAAGUUGCUGCUUGCUCUGGUGAUGUUCGUAGAGCUCUUGAUAUUUGUCGAAGAGCAUCAGAGAUGGUUGAAGAAGGAAACCCUGUUACUAUGCCUAUUGUUAAUCAAGUUCUUUCACAAAUGAUGAAUUCAGCUAAUGUCUGUUCUAUCAAGGCUUGCAGUAGACUAGAGAAACUUUUCUUGCAAGCAAUUGUAGCUGAAAAUGAACGAACAGGAGUUGAAGAAACUAAUUUUAUUUCUGUCUAUAGACAGUUUCAGUCUUUUUGUGCACUGUCAAGUGUUACUCUUAUCAAUAUAUCUGAAGCUAUGGCGUUGUUGAAUAGGCUUGGAACAUCAGGACUCUUGUUGACGGAGCAUUCCAGAGCAGACAUCAAUCAAAGUAUUUUUCUUAAUGUGAAUGCAGAUGAUAUUCAUUAUGCUCUGAAUCAAGUUGCCCCAGCAUCCUAACCACUGGCCUUUUUUAUCUAUCUUUUUAAAAGCUGCCCUUGCAUGUGUUUUAAUUUUUUUUUUAAUUUAUGAAACUUUAUCAGGUUUUUAAUUAAUUAGUUUAGGUGUCUGUUUCUGUUACAUCAAACCUAAAAACACUUAUAUUAUCAAAAUAAUAUGAAUUUUACAUGUUUAAAUUUCCAUUAGAACAUCCUCAUCUGCCAAAAAUUCUUGAUUAUGUUUAUCUGAAAAAUGGAGAAAAUAAACAAAUAACUCUGGAGACAA